AUGUUUUCGUUGCUGUUUUUAUCAAUUAUUGGUUGUAUUUUAGCCCAAGAAACUAUAGUUGAUGUAGCCGACUGUCCUGCAGGAUAUUUUUGUUUAGCUAGAGGUAUAUUGCCCAUCCCGUGUCCUCCAGGAACAUGGAGUAAUGCUGGAGCAGUUCAAUGUCAACAGUGUCAACUAGGAUAUUAUUCAACGACAGGUGGAUCAUCUUACUGUACCAUAUGUGAACCAGGACAUUCUUGUGGAGCUGCUGAAUUGCCUCCUGAAGCAUGUCCAUUAGGAUUUUACAAUGACAAAUUAGGACAAGUACAAUGUACUCCAUGUGAUUCUGGUACCUAUACACCUGCAACAGCUUCAGUAGAAUGUACAUUAUGCCCAGCAGGAUCAUUUUGUUCAGAUGCAGCUGUAUUGCCAGAUCUAUGUCCCACAGGUCAUUACAGCAGUCCUGGUCAAAUACAAUGUACUGUAUGUCCUGCAGGUCAUUAUACGACUAAAAAUGGUUCAGCACUGUGUAAGACUUGUCCCAUUGGCCAUUACUGUUUGGCAGGAAAUGAAGAGCCAAAACCAUGCCCACCUGGAACAGCUAAUGCAUUACAUGGUCAAACAGCUUGUAUACCAUGUUCAGAGGGCAAAUAUAGUGCAUAUUCAGGUGCUAUAGUAUGUGAUUUAUGCCCAAUUGGUAGCUAUUGUGAUAAAGCAGAUGAACCACCAAAACCGUGUCCAGCAGGAUUUUUUUGUUUGGAAGGACAAACAACGGGUACACCAUGUCCAACUGGCUAUCAAACAACAUUAACAGGACAAAGUUAUUGUAGAAUUUGUUCGCCUGGUCAUUAUUGUCCAAACCCUGAUGGUAAUCCAAUUCUAUGUCAACCAGGUUAUGCAAAUAAUAAACAUGGUCGUGUUGAAUGUGACCUCUGUCCUAGUGGAUCCUUCGCAGAUGUUGCUGGUUUAGCUUAUUGUGUCACUUGUCCACCUGGUUAUAUUUGCACUAAUGCUCGUACAGCACCAAUGUCUUGUCCAUUGAAUAAAGCUAGAGGACAAACAAUCUGUCCUGCUAAAUAA